UGAGCGUGCGCGCGCAUCACCUGGGGAGCUUGUUAAAAUGCAGAUUCUGCUGUGGCGGGGCCGGGGUGGAGCCGGAGCUCGUGCGUGGGAGCGGGGUUCCCGGGACCCCUGAGGUCCUGGCUGCCGCCCAAGCGGCUGUCAGGACACUUGAUAAAUCGCCCUACCGGGCUGACGGGCGGCAGGGCUGGGACAUGCGCGAUUCGGCCCGGUGUGGGGGUGUGCCUCCAAAGUCGGGAAACGCGCGCUGUUCAGGAGGCCACUCUUGGGGACCCUCCGGGAGCCAUGUCGCGGCGGAAGCAAGCCAAACCCCAGCACCUGCGCUCUCAGGAGCCUCAGCCCGAGCGCAACGAGCCUGGAGGAGUGGCCCCGCGCACAGCGGGGGAGCCGGCCUCCGCUCUUGAAAACGCCGCCCAGAAACCAGCGGGCCUCCCUGCUGAAGACAGCGAUGCCCAGCAGCCCGCUGCAGUCGCUCUGCCCACCUCCGAAGCAAAGGAGCGAACAGCCACCCUUGGAGAAAGGACUUUUAACUGCUGCUAUCCAGGCUGCCAUUUCAAAACCGUCCAUGGCAUGAAAGACUUGGACCGCCACUUAAGAAUCCACACAGGUGACAAGCCACACAAGUGCGAGUUCUGUGACAAAUGCUUCAGCCGAAAGGACAACCUGACCAUGCACAUGCGCUGCCACACGAGCGUGAAGCCGCACAAGUGCCACCUGUGCGACUACGCGGCCGUGGACAGCAGCAGCCUCAAGAAACACCUGCGCAUCCACUCGGACGAGCGGCCCUACAAGUGCCAGAUGUGCCCCUACGCCAGCCGCAACUCCAGCCAGCUCACCGUGCACCUGCGCUCGCACACAGGGGACACCCCCUUCCAGUGCUGGCUCUGUAGCGCCAAAUUCAAAAUCAGCUCAGACUUGAAGCGGCACAUGAUCGUGCAUUCGGGAGAGAAGCCUUUCAAGUGCGAGUUCUGUGACGUCCGUUGCACCAUGAAGGCGAACCUCAAGUCCCACAUCCGCAUCAAGCACACCUUCAAGUGUCUGCACUGUGCCUUCCAGGGCCGGGACCGGGCCGACCUGCUGGAGCACAGUCGCCUGCAUCAGGCCGACCACCCUGAGAAAUGUCCCGAGUGUAGCUACUCCUGUUCCAGCCCAGCCGCCCUGCGCGUGCACAGCCGAGUCCACUGCAAGGACCGGCCCUUCAAAUGUGACUUCUGCAGCUUUGAUACAAAGCGGCCCAGCAGCCUGGCCAAACACAUCGACAAGGUGCACAGGGAAAGGGCCAAGACCGAGAACAGGGCCCCGCAGGGUAAGGACGGGCCCAGGGAGAGCGGCCCCCACCACGUGACCAACAUCGUCACCCAGAAGGCCUUCCGAUGUGACAAGUGCGGUGCCUCCUUUGCCAGGGACGACUCUCUGAGGUGUCAUCAGAAGCAGCACAGUGACUGGGGCGAGAACAAGAACUCAAACCUGGUCUCUUUCCCCUUGGAAGGCAUUGCUUCCGGGCAGCUUGGACCCCUGGUCUCUGUGGAGCAGCUGGAGAGCACUCUGGAGCCCAGCCAUGACCUCUAGAGAAGCAUGGGCAGUCUCUCAGGAAUCUGAAAAACGUCGAUGCCAGCCCUGCACGGUGACACCACAGGAGGACCUCGCCUUCUCUUCUAAAGCAGCCUCGACCUCCCCAGCCUCCAGCAAUGGAGCGGCUAACCCACGAGGGCAUAGGUGUCAAAGCAAGACCACGGGGACAAUUGCCUACCCCCAGUUCCUUCUCUACGCGCAUUCCCUUAGCACACUGUGGCCUCCUCCGCCAUCCAAAGGUUGAGUCUACUAAGCACAACUCCACCUCCUCGGGGAAAGUCGCUGCCUCUGAGUUGAGACUGGGAAAGGGACUCGUCUCUGGAGGAGUUACUAAGCUGGCGAGCCCACAACACUGCAUCUGCACUGAGCUGUGUGGGGGCGAAGAAAGGAGUCCGUGCUCUGACAGGGUGUGUGGUAAAACCCUGUCUUAACCUGGGCAGUGGCUGCUAGUGUCAGCUUUAUAUAUAAUUUGUGUGGUUUCUUUUCUCUGUUUUUUGUUUUUUCAAUAAAAAAGUGAACUUUUCUUUUG